AAAGUUUCUCAGUGAGGCGUCACUAAUUAGAUGAACUCAAUCAAAGGCGCUUCCCAACCUCAACCAAUCAACGUUGAACUACCAGAGAUGGCAACUCUUGCUGUACAACAAAUUGACCAAAGAAUGGGGAGUGGACCUUCAAGGAAGGAAAUCUUUGUUCGUAUUGACAAGCAGGAGGUCCAAAAGGUGGUGUUUGCUACUGAUUGCCCUACAGCUGAUUUUAAAGAUCUACUUGCGUCUGUUGCAGGAGUGACCUGGUGGUCAUCGAUCACGUUGCAGACUGCCAGUGGUGACCUAGUUUCUGUGUCUCCGACAGUACCGAGUAAUGAGAAGAGAGAUGCUUAUCUAUUGAAAGUACAACAAGAGCAAGGUGUGAGACCAGGGAGAGUGUCUAAUACAGACUCUGUAAGCAGUGACGAGGUAAAGAAAAUGAUCUGUGACUUAGAAAAUUACGUCCACGCUGAUGGCAUAGCAAAGCGAAGCGAAGUUGACCAAUGCAAGAAAGAGUUAUCCGAAGUUCGACAGCAAAUGUCAACAGGGCCUGUUGGACCGGCUCGUUGUUAUAAUUGCUCUAUGGUACCGGAUGGAGAUACUGGACCAAUGUACACGAAAUAUACACUGUCUGAUGAAACAGCAGAGCAUCUGAAGGAGCCGACGUUUGACAUUUGGCAUUGGGUGCCUAAUGAGAUGGUGUCUCUAUUGGAAUACAUGUACCAUGAGCUGGGUAUUGUCACCGAGUUGAACAUCAACCCUAUUGUACUUCGUCGAUUUUUGCAAACUGUCCAGGCCAACUAUCGAAACAAUCCGUUCCACAACUUCAGGCAUUGCUUUUGUGUAACCCAAAUGAUGUACGGGAUGAUCCACUUCUGCAACCUGCCUGACAUCAUGAGCGUGUCCGAUCUCGGCGUUCUCAUCACAGCGUGUGUAUGCCACGAUCUUGACCAUCCAGGCUUUAACAACGCUUACCAGAAGAAAGCGAGAACUGAGCUGGCUGUUCGUUAUAAUAAUGUGUCACCGUUGGAGAAUCAUCACUGUGCUGUUGCCUUUCGGAUACUCGCUAAUCCAGAAUGUAAUAUUUUUUCAAAUGUGCCUGAAAGCAAGUUUGACGAAAUCAGAUCGGGAAUUCUCAUGCUAAUCUUGGGUACUGACAUGGACAGGCACAAGGAACUUCUGGAUCAAUUCAAAGAUCACCUAUCGUCAUUCUCAUUCACAAACGAAGAGGACAUGAACAUUCUCAAGAUUAUUCUUGUGAAAUGCUGUGAUAUUUCUAAUGAGGUGCGACCGAUGGCAGUGUCAGACACAUGGGCAGACUGUCUUUUGGAAGAAUGCUUCCAACAGGGCGAUCGAGAGAAACAAGAGGGUCUUGACGUCUCAUUUAUUUCUGAUCGAGACAAAGUAUCGAAGCCCCAAGCUCAAGUCGGUUUCAUCGGAAACGUCCUGAUACCACUCUUUGAAGCUGUCACCAAGCUGUUUCCACAGUUGGAGGACCCCAUGAUUGUACCCCUGCGAAGUGCACUCGAACGAUACAGAUUACAGGCACAUCCAAAAAAUAUGGAUUUGACCAAGGAGGAGUCAAACGAGAAGUGAUGGCAACAACACACAGGUGCACGAUGAUGUCUGGUCAUUGUGGAGCAACUCAAAUGCGUAGUUAUUCAGUGCACGUUUGAUGUAUCCUAUUUACGUUGAUUGUGAUGACAGUAAGUUGGAAUGAAUUUGUUUUACUUGCGUACUGUUGUGACUGAAGACUUUGUUGUUUGUUGUUUUACUGUAUAAGUUUAUAUCAAUAUGCUGUAUGCUAAGAAGGCAAAUAUUUUGGAAAGGCAAA